UCAUUUGUGUAAUUUCUAAAAUAGAUGGAUAAUGAGCCGAAGGAAAGAGAUACUGAAGAAGACGAGGCCGCCAGUGGGAGUAUUUCCGUCGCAAGGAGCUUUGCCCCCAAUCGUUGGGUUAAGCUGAAUGUGGGCGGCCAGAUAUACACUACCACUAUUGACACCUUGGUUGGCAGAGAACCGGACUCUAUGCUAGCGCGAAUGUUCCUGCAGGAUGGCAGCAUGAAGCCCAGCGAAAAGGAUGAACAGGGGGCCUACCUGAUUGACAGGAGUCCACGUUACUUUGAGCCCAUUAUUAAUUACUUAAGGCAUGGCCAGUUCGUCUGUGACGCCAACGUUAGUGUGAUGGGAGUUCUAGAAGAGGCACGAUUCUUUGGUAUUUACUCGCUGAUAACCCACUUGGAGGAGCGUCUAGGACAGCAGGAGGAACCGCAAAGCGACAGACCGCUUACUAGAAUGGAUGUUAUAAAGGCCAUCAUACAAACCUCCGUCAUAACGGAGCUCCGUUUUCAGGGAGUCAAUCUGUCUGGAGCUGAUUUGCGAAAGCUGGAUUUCCGCAACAUUAACUUUAAGUACGCGAAUAUGUCGCACUGCAACCUUUCACACACAAAUCUCAACUAUUGUUGUCUGGAGCGAGCGGACCUGCAGUAUGCGAACCUGGAAUGCGCGCAAUUGGUUUCGGUGCGAGGUCUAUGCGCAAACAUGGAAGGGGCCAACCUACGCGGUUGCAACUUUGAAGAUCCCACAGGAGUGCGUACCAAUCUGGAAGGAGUUAAUCUGAAAAGCGCCUGCUUGGAGAGCAGUAACAUGGCUGGUGUCAAUUUGCGAGUGGCCAACCUGAAGAAUGCCAACAUGAAGAAUUGUAAUCUUCGGGCCGCCGUUCUGGCCGGAGCAGACUUAGAGCGGUGCAAUUUGUCUGGCAGCGAUCUCCAGGAAGCUAAUCUGCGAGGAGCGAACCUAAAGGAUGCCGAAUUGACGCUAAUGGUGACACCCCUGCACAUGUCGCAAGCCAUACGUUGACGGAAGCAGUUUUAUUUAUUUUUAUUUUCUUAACUUCGUAGAAGGGACAAUACCGUGUGCAAUUACAUAUCUCCUUAAAGUUCUAAAUUAUUGAAACAGAUUACGAUUUAAAAUUAAUGUUUGUAAAUAAUUCAGUUUUUAAAACUAGCCCCUUAAAUAAACAGUGUUAGGAUUAAAUUUCAAAAUA